AUGAGCAGCAUCCCCCGGCACCUCGACCCGAAGUUCCCCCAGCCCCAGAAGCAGCCGUCGCGGGACUCGCUGCGCUCGCUCGCCCGGUCGCACAUGAGCACCGCGAGCGACGGGUUCGAGGAGGACUUCCAGCGGCUGCCGUCGAGCCCGGCGCGGCUCGACAUCGAGCUGCCCGAGGCCGCGCUCGACCUCACGAUGGACUUCAACUCGAUCCUCGCGGUUGCAGAGGGCGCGCCGAAGGACGCGCAGAGCGUUGCUGAGAUGGACAAAGUACAGAAGCGGGCAAGCAACGUAAUGCGGCUUGCAGAGCAAAACGAGAAGCUGAAGGCCGAGCUGCGGGCGAUGACGGAGCGUCUAGAGGCGGCGGAGCGCAGGCAGCGGGAGCUGGCGCAGGCACAGGCGCAGAAGAGCGGCGGCGGCGCACAGCGGCAGGCGUCGGGGGAGAGCGCCCAUUAG